GUGGGCGGGGGGAGUCCCUCGCAGACCGGGAGGUCGCGGGUCGGUGGCUCCAGAUCUGCCUGAAGAAACUACGAUAGUGCAGCGGUCUCGUUUGCGCCAUGUCGUUCUGCAGCUUCUUCGGGGGCGAAGUUUUCCAGAACCACUUUGAUCCGGGUGUCUACGUGUGUGCUAAAUGUGGCUAUGAGCUUUUCUCUAGCUGUGCAAAGUAUGCUCACUCAUCCCCAUGGCCAGCCUUCACCGAGACUAUCCAUCCUGAUAGUGUGGCCAAGCGUCCAGAGCACAAUCGGCCUGAAGCCUUAAAGGUCUCCUGUGGCAGGUGUGGCAAUGGAUUGGGCCAUGAGUUCCUGAAUGAUGGCCCCAAGCAGGGGCAGUCACGUUUCUGAAUAUUCAGCAGCUCACUGAAGUUUGUCCCUAAAGGCAAAGAAACUUCUGCUUCCCAGGGGAAGUAGGUGGGCAGCCCUCAGCCACCCCAGAAGGGUCCUGCAUGAUGGCCAUGCUCUGACCACCCUAACUUGGAAUUGGAACCCCAGACAUUCAGACAGGGAGGAGGGGCCAGCUGAAACAUCAGGAAAGCUCCCAAGGCCUUGGCUCUGCACUGGUUCUCCUUGGGAAAAGUAUGAGCGGGCCACUUGUGGCCCAUCUCCUGCUGCCGGGAUGGGCCUGCAGGGCCCAGCUGUUAGCUCAUCUUGGCUUCAGAGAGGUGGGCUCUAAGCCUGGCUCAUCUGUGAGUGAUGGUGCACCCACCUUUACUCUCCUUAGUCCAGUGCCCCCUUCUUGACUGUUAGGACUCACCCCUGUGGGGCCCAAUUUUAAGACAAUCUCCAGCCCCCACUAAAGCUGGUGCCCAUUUCCCUCCAGCUGUGCUAGGAGACAGAAUGCAGAUGGAGGAGCCCGCAGCCAGCUGCUCCAGCCUCAGCCACUGCAUGAUUCAUUCUGGUUAAACCCUUCUAGGCAGUCAGAGUGUUGAUGACCUGUGACCUGUGGCGGGAGUGGGCUGAGGAGGACAGACCUCUGGUCUCUUAGUUACGAGAAGAGAAACCCUGAACUCUGUUUCACAAUCUGUGUGGCUGCUGCUUGCCUCAUGCGGGCUUAGGAAAGCAUCUAUUGCUUCAUAACCUUGUCUGUACAAGGUUGGGGGCUGUGGAGCUCACAGCCCACAGCCCACAGCCCGCACUGUCCUAGGGCACAGUGACCACACUUUCUUGCACACGUGCUGAAGCUCUUGCAGUCUGGGAGGGUGGGUGAUGCUGAAGCCCUCCUUCCCAUCUUGAAUCCUCUCUGGAGUAAUCAGGAAACAAAUAAACCAAUGAAACCCA